UAGAGCUUUAUUCAACUUUAUAAUGGAGUUCAAAUCCUUAUUGGAAACGUAUUUUGGGGUCUGUAUAACAGAUAAUACCUUGCCCAAACAAGUCUUCACUUUGACCAAAGAUACGCAUUUCGUGAAAUUUUCUGACUUGAAGGAAACUUUUAAAAAAAAAAAAGAGGAGAAUUGGUUGACUCUCGGUAUUUUGUGCAAAAAAACUUUCGAGACUUUUAGCGAAGUGCCCUCCUGUUGUGCCAUAUGGUGUAUGUCUCACCUUCACUACAAAAUAGCACUUUUAUUAGGCGAGGAAGUUUAUAAAAAGUAUAGCCAUCUUUCUUUGGGAACUGUGGUUGCCUUAGCAAACCCCAUAGUGUACGUUAGCGAUAAUUCGGAGAAACUUUUACUAGAGAUACCGAAGUUGGCGAACUUUUUCCCUUUAGGGCACUCCGCAGAUUCGUCUUUUUGCAGGAGAAAGUCAGAUACCGGUGCUCCGUGUAACGAGCUUUCCGUGAGAGGCUCCCGCUAUUGUGACGCUCACGCCAAGCUCUGCCUGCAGGCGAUCCGCCUCAGACGCCAAACGUUAAAUAUCUGCCCAUCCAGCCAAUUGGAUUACUCCCAAGGGUCCAUCAAUCUUACUAAAGAGGGGAUUUUCAACUAUCACGGACGUUAUUUGUCUUUUGCUGAGAAAAAAAUCAGUAGAAGCGCUGCUACUCCAGUAGAAAGACCUCUUGGUCUUCUCUCUUAUGAGCACGCCUUGAAGCAGUCUAGACACGGAGCUAGACAGUUUUAUGGCCAAGAAUGCGAUGACUUUCAAAAUUUUGUUUUUAGUCAAGACCAUCUGGCUAUAGUCCGUGAUCUGGGCCUCUGCCCUUACACAGGAAGAGACAAAAAGUCUUUAGAAGCACAAUUAAGUUUUGAUGACAAGAAUGAAACGGUUAAAACUCUUUUAACUGGCGACAAGUUUCACCGAUUAGUUAAGUUGGUCAAGUGCGAAAGGCUUCCCGAGAGCAAGAGGAUUAAAGGCCCCUUUAAUCACGUCCACUACAACGAAUUAUUAGCACAGAAUCGAAAAAAAGUGUCUUCUAUGACCCCUUCCCACUCCAAGGUGGAGACAUUACGUAGCCGACGAUCGAGAUCGCGAAGUGCUUCCCAGAGGAUAAGGUCAAGGCAGUAUUCUUUUGCCUGCUCCCCAACGACGUCUCUAGCUCCUGGGGCGAGUGGUGGCAUCCAGGGUCUGCAAAAGAAAAAAUGUUCAGCACCUGUUCCUCACGCACUAAACCUUGACGAGAUUUUAACUCUGCAAUCCCCCCACGAGGGUUAUUUUAAAGAUUCUAUGGCGGAGUAAUCCUUUGAAAAAGUUGACUAUAUUACAGCAACUAUGGAAUAGUUUAAAGAUAUAAUUUGUGUGAUAAAUAUAAUUUGUAUGAUAAUUGGGUUUGAGGAUAAAUUUUGAGGCCAUGCGAACUGUUGUUUUGCUUUUUAACGCCAAGUGCAUUGGAGGCGGCAGUUUGCCUGUACUAAAAGGUGAUACGUAAUUCUCCCUCCUGUUUUUGACUCGUAAGUAACUGUAUGCAAUGGCCAUAUUAAUUUUUUUCAGGUUAUUAUGCACAUAUAUUAAUAGGACACCGACUCAUAUGUGCUUAUUCAAGUAGGCCGUAGAGAGAUAAUAAGAUUUGCAUUCUAAGCCUUUUUUUUUAUACGCUGGGAUAAUGAACACCUAAACACAGUUGAAAGCUGGUACCAUUAAAUAAAUUAUACAGCUGCACGAGCUUAAAUAAAAAAUUAAGAGGGCACUAGAUAAGUUAUUUUAGUGGAGUUCUUCUUCACCAUAAUUCUUCUUUAAACACAUAGCCAAAAGUUUGGAGGCCACCUUUGUGCCAAUCCUUAUUAUUAGCCUCGAUGUUCUUUACUUGCAAAGGGUAAAAAGGCAUUAUUUUCAGCCGAUACCAAAGGAACUAUAAACCUCAAUUGUUAUGUUUUAAAAUCUAUUGCGAAAUUGAGUGUUUUUUGUCCUAUUUAGUGCCAGAAGGUUUUAAUAUCUUCUAACUUUGUUUAAGGAGUAAAUACCCCUAUCAACCCGCUCAAGCUUUGAGUAGUUAUUUUGGAGGCCUUUACUUCCCCGAUACUUGCACGUAGUUAAAAAUAAACGAUUUUUUAAUAUUUUCUAUUCGGGGCUUAAAACUUUUCUAUAAACAUUGCUUUUAAGAAACCUUAAAAAACGAAACAC